AUGCACGGUCCCUCUCUCUGUUGAGGAACGACGCUUUGUGUCCUACCGACAUCUACGCCUCCCAUGAUCCAGAUGUCCUUCUAGACCCUUCAUCCGACGGUGUCCUGCGAAUGGUUUUAUUAAACGGAAACCUUCCUUCCUCGUUUUCGGAACGCCUUCUGGAUUCUUCGGCGAGAGGAAGGAUCGAGAACGCGGCUCCCGCUUUCUCUCGCCGUCUUCUUAUUUCUCCCCCCCCCCCAAAUCCCUACUUCUUCCGUCCCCAGCUUUCUGUGCGUUUCCUCCUCAUCUUUCGUUUCCGCCCCACCCCCCAACGCACUCUCUCUCGUCCGCCAUCGUCGUUGUGAGUUGGAGGAAAAGUAUGGCGAAGUACGGGGAAGGGGACAAGAGGUGGAUUGUGGAGGAGAGGGUGGACGGUCAGAAUGUCCACAAUUGGCACUGGGCGGAGAAGGACUGCAUGGAAUGGUCUAAGACCUUCCUCUCCAACCUCCUGGAGGGUCUUCCCAUCCUUUCCGGCGAGGGCGGUCUAUGGAUCAGGACCAAGAAUCUCAACAAGGUCGAGGGCGAGGCCUACGUCAACAUCCGCAAGGGCAAGAUCAUCCCCGGCUACGAGCUCUCCGUCCAGCUCUCUUGGGAGGGUGAGGUCAAGGAUUCCUCUUCUUCUGAUGGCGGGGGUAACACCCUUCUCAAGGCUGACGGCCUCGUCGACUUCCCCUACAUCGCCGACGAGAACGCGGACGAGGAUCCGGAGAUCAAAAUCAGCAUCAAGGAUGAGGGCGACAUCGGGAGACGGAUCAAGGAGGCGUUCGUCGCCACCGGCAAGCCGAUCUUGCUCGAGAAGGUGAAGCAGUACGUGAACGCGAUGAAAGCCGGCGGGCCGGCGAAGGACGAGCUGGAGGUGAAGUCCAAGGCCGUUAAGGCGAAGGUUCCGGCUGCAGCAGCUGCGGCGGAGAAGCCAGCGGAGGAAAAAAAGAAGCAGGCCCCAAAGAAGGAAGGUUUUCGGUCGAUUAGUUUGAGUGAAAGGUUCAAUUGCAGGGCGAAGGAUGUCUACGAGAUACUGAUGGAUGAGAACAGGUGGAAAGGAUUCACGCAGAGCAAUGCCAGGAUUAGUAAGGAGGUAGGAGGAGAAUUCUCGUUGUUUGACGGCUCCAUCACGGGAAUAAACGUGGAGUUGCAGGACGGAAAGAGCAUUGUUCAGAAGUGGAGGUUUGGCAGUUGGCCGGAGGGUAUCUUCUCUAUGGUGAGAUUGACGUUUGAAGAACCAGAGCCUGGUUUAACGAUUAUUAAGCUUGUUCAGACUGACGUUCCCGAGGAAGACAGGUAUGGGAACGCUACAGUUGUUGAGAAUACUGAGAGAGGAUGGAGAGAGUUAAUCUUUCACAAGAUCCGUGCAGUUUUUGGCUUUGGAAUCUGAACAUUUGGUAUCUGAAGAUGAGUCCAUCGAUUUCAAGGCUUUUAGCACUUUUGUUUCCACAAUGACGAAACAUGUUGUAGAAUCAUAUUAAUUUUUUUGAAGGUGGUCAACGUUUGAAUAUUGUUGAACAUUUACUAGGCUGGAUCAAUGAGAAGAUGCCCCUCACACAAAUUUAACCUCA